AUUUUAUCAUCUGCACCGUACGAGUAAACAAAUCUCUCGCCCUUCAUCUCCUUCGCCCUCACCAUUUUCCGCCAUCUGCAUCCACAUCUUUCUCCAUCCAAUUCUUCGGGCUUUAUCACGUUUCCAUCGUCUAUCUUCCCCAUCAGGUCAAUCUCCGUCAAAUCCUUCAACUCGCCUUCUACUCUUGACCAUCUUCUCUCUUCUCCAUCCGGCCUUCAUGUCAAUUUCUCCAUCUGCAGUGUCUCCUUCCAGCGACGUACACCCGCCUUCAUCCUGGUCAAUCGCGCGCCAUCUCUAUUCAGGCACAUCAUCUCUAUCCAGGUACAUCUGAUAACUUCAUCUCCAUCUGUAGCUGCCUACUGUCGCCCUCAAAAUUUUUCCAACUUCAUAUACUUUCAGUUUAGCAGGCAUCCCAAUUUACAAAUUCUGUUUCGUUUUAGUUAAUUUGACAAAACAUAUCGUUCACACUAGCUCCAUAUGGCUUCAUUAUUACUAUUUCAAUAGAUUUCCUGGUUUUUCAAUGGAUUUACACUAAAGUUCUCAAUUGUGGACAUGGUUCCUUCUCCCGUCUUCCUCAUCACAGCUGCUCACUACAGCUUCUUUGGAUGUCCCACCACAUCCUUAGGGCAGCAGGGGGUAACUAUUUUCACCAGCAGGAUGAUAUUGACCACUCAAGUUAUGAAUCAUAUCUAUUGAUUCUGUCACAGCCCACAUGUUAUGACAAAGAGAAACUUCAAGCUUCAUAUGCAAAGAUCAUGUUUACUAAUCUUAUUUAUAUGUAUAUAUAUACAAUUGUGAUAAUGUAUUAAAACAUAUCCAGUAUUAACCCUAAACUAUAUUUAUAUGCUUCACUUAAAUUAGGAAUGUUAAACAACUGUAAAAAUGGUCAGUAUAUUCUAAACAAAGUUUUGGUCAAUUUGGAUUAGUCACUUAAAU